AUGCCGAAAAGAAAAGGAUCUGGUGCGUUUAUAGUACCUUUAUGUUUUAAGAAAGCAUGUGGAAUUCGAAGUUUCCACCAAUUACUAUAUGUAAUCGGCAUUAUUUUUACUUUAAUAAUUUCAUUUUAUUAUCUUAUCAGUUCAGAAGCAUUUAUUGAUAUCGAUCCAAACAAAGAUGUAGUCAUGAUUAAUAAUUCGGACAUUUCUACUUAUUUUAUUCCAAAAUUUAGUGAUCCAAAUUUCCAUUACCCGAAUAUUCACUCUAAUUUAACAAAUACAUGCAUCAAUCGAUCUGACUAUAUGAAUGAUUUAGCUCGUCUUUUUGGUUUUCAAACAAGCUUUUCUUUUAAACGUGAUACUUACGUACUUGUAUUUGGAGCAAGUUCUGCAGUUGGAAAAUAUGUAAUAAAAGAACUUGUUAAGCGCAAAAUAAAGUAUAUUCCAUUCAACAGUGCCGAUACUUUUGGUCCAUCGAGUAUUUUGUAUAAUUUCUUCCCAUUACUGAAUAUUCAGGGUGCUAUUGUUGCAGAUACAACUUCUUUUUCACCAGAUUCGAUUCAAUAUGCAAAAGAUGCUUGUGGUUUUCUUACCUCCUACAGGAAACGCAUGAUAGUAUUAGUAAUGCCACCUAUUGACAGUAUUUCUAUCGAUAGCUUACGCUGGUAUAACUCAAAACUUGUUUACGUUCCGAACAUUUUUGAUUCAUCAACAUUUGACCUUACAAAUCCACUUUUCAGAGCACAGUUUAACUGCAAAUACAAGAAUAGAACGGACUACUACAAGGAAGAUUUAUUCCAUAUAAUUUAUCCAGAAGAAGUCGCAAAAGUUUUGAUUGAACAAUUUUUCGCGGUCGAACCAAGAGAUGUUAGCAUUGUAGGUAACUCUAACAUAAAACUCGAAAACGCCCUUAAAUACGCAGUAAGACCUUAUCCAGAUUGCGAUUUAAAUGAUAUCUACUCGGAUAUUGCCUCUCCGGUCACUUCUUUAUCACAAAUUGUUGUUGGAAAGCCAAAUGUGAAUAUUGAGAAGCUCAUUACUAAGCAAUUCGGCAAACCUCUUCAAUAUAAUGCGAAAAAGAAUUAUAUUUCGUUUAUUAUUGCUGUAAAUAUAAGUAAUAGCGGUGAUAAAGCAACAUUCACUCAAUUCCUUACUGAAAUGGCCAAUGCUUAUAAGGAUCAUCAGCAUGUUGGAGCAGAUUUCAUUUUAGUUGAUAUUUCAGAGAAGGAAAACGAGAUAAGAGAAGAUAUUGAACUUGAAUUCCAGUAUAGAUACUUCCUUGAGUACGUAAAAUUGAUCAGACACCCUUCAUCAGCAACAAAAACAAUUUAUUCAGCCUGGAACAUCGGAAUAAGACGUGCAAAGGGUGAAUUCAUUGCUCUUAUGACCUUCAAAGACUUUGUGUCCCGCGAUUUCUUUGGUUUCAUAGAUGCUCAGAAAUUUGAUAAAAGAAUUAUUUAUCGUUCUCGAACAUACAUGACAAAUUCCAACAGAACAAUACGCCAUGCAUUUUCUGGAAAUGAUAUAAGCGAUGCACAAAAUGUUCGAGAUUUCUGCACAUCUAAAUACGAUGGACUUGUUCCGAUACUCAAUGUAGCAUCUAACCAUAACCAAGCAGUUGCAUGCAACCAAAUUAGCUUCUUAAUGGCCAGUAGAGAAGUUUGGGAUAAAAUUGGCGGUCUACCUGAAUUUCCAGUGACAGGAGGCUUCGAAAUGGGAUAUAUUAUUAUGUCUAGGUUCUUAAGAAUGUUCCCAACCUACUCAACUGUUAAUAUGAGAGAACCACUCAUUAAAUUAGUUGAUGAAGAGCCAUUUGACACAAUACCAGGCAUUGAUUUAGCAAAGAUAUCUGAUGAACUGUGGUGCACAGGAAGAAGUAGCUUUAUUGAACAAUUUGAGAAUGAAAACUGGGGAUUCAAAGGUCAAGACAUCCCGAUUCAAGAGUAUACUAUUAGAAAGAGAGUUUAUUAA